AUGCUGUCCGCGAUGCUUCUCGAGGCGUUUGCCGUUCCGCUGCGAGUCGCACCCGCCAUCUCGAUGAUGGCGGCGAAUGGCGUGGGCCUCGUGUCGUUUCUCAUGAACUGUUUCGCCGGUGGCUCAUCCCGUGGAACUCUAGUUCGCGUAAUCGUCGUGGGACUCACGCUCAGCUACUGCCUUCUCCAAUUCACCUCCACCAUACUUCUGUCUGACGUUAGCCGAGGCUUUGUCACUGCGCGGAUCGAUGAACCACAGACCCCCGCUGCCUUGUUCGGCACUGUUGGUCCGCUUGGCGCCGGUAUCAAUGGUCGAUAUCUCUAUCGAAAGCCAAUUUUCCCGGCCUUCGCGGAGCUAAAGGAAGGCAUCGAUGGGGGUGUCGAGGAGUCUCUAACAGAUAGAACCGCGGACACCGGAACAACCCUCCGAGCCUACCUUCCGAUCAACGACACUCAGACGAGGCGAGAUGUGCAAGACUAUACUGGGCCGGCGACGCUUUUCGACAACAGGGUUUUCUGCACGAGGCCACUAAUUCAGGAUCCCUCGUUCUACGCCGAAACCCAUCAAAGUGCCCUCGCGUUAACCGGAGAGUUGCGUUUCUCUAGCGUCCUCGGCGACGACUUGCCAACGAUCCCACGAUUCAGCAGGGCAAGCGGAGGCUUGGACACUAUACCAAUCCUGUGCUCCAUGCCGGUCAGGGCUCCUAGGGAAGAAUGGUCCAACGCAGAACAGCUGCCAUUGUCGAUUUGUCUGCUGCAGUUCGACCCGCUCCUCGGAGGGGUAGCAUCUAUCAUGCAUGAAGCUGGCGGUGCGGCCGAAGAGGACAACUCUGUCGCCACCACGGUGGCCUUUCUUGUCGUGAGCACCGAGGGAUACGAUGGGUGGUACAACACUUUUGAGCCGUGGGCCAGUUCUCCUCCACAGUUUACUUCGGAGGAAGAUGCAGGUGUAUGGACACGCAUUAAUACCGAGUGGAGGAACUCGAGUGCCCUAGUUACUCUUUGCUAUUCAUCCAUGGCCCAUGUAACUACGGACAUUCACGCAUAUCGGAGCGGGCCUGCAACCUCCGAGCCAACGUCUAAGAGAAACGGCACUCGGCUUGACACAACCGACAUUCAAACAUACUUUGGCAGCGGAGACACGGCUGAACCCUCUAAACGUAGCCUUUUUGAUAUCGAGCGUAAGAAUUCCUGGAUUGCUUGGAAAAGUAAUGGUAGCUCAAUUAUCGAGGAGGAGCUACGUGACAACAGCAUCGGGGCUUCAGUGCAAGAGUAUCUCACCCUCACCACCGUCAACGGAUCUGACCCCAAGAUCGCCAAAUCGAUCAUGAUGGGCGACCUAGUCCAAGUAAGCCUCAAUGACGAAGCGAUCCUCGGCGCACAGAGUGCCGUGUUCUCCGAUACCUUGAAGAAGACGAGAAACCCCGCGAAAGCGGUUCAGUCGUUCUUGGCGAUGCAGCAGAGCCUCUCAUACUACGACUACCUCGACCACUUCAACAUUUACCGACCCUCGACAUCCCGAAUCAACUCUCCCGUAACAAGGCCUGUCGGUAGAACCUUUUUCUUUGUCGCUGUGGCCACGAUAGCUUUCCACCUUGUCGUGGUGGUUCUGAUUACUGUUUUCUUCCUUGCCAGAGUCCGCUGGAUAACAAUUGGUAGCCCUUGGCAAUGCCUCGUACACCUCAACGGUCAAGAAAUGCAGCGAGUGGUUACGGAUAUGGGACUGGUACGAAAUGACGACGAAGCAGUAGACAAGUUACGCAAAGUAGGACUAGAAAAGGAGUUCGUGGGACUGACAGAAUCAGACGAAGGGAUUCGGAUCCUGAGGAUGAGAAAAAGCACGACGGUAUCUCAGCCAUAA